CCUGCGGCUCUGUUAGCUGUCUGGAUCGGGGUUAGCGCGGGACAGGGGUGCGAGUGCUUGUCUGCCCCACCACUCCCCGCCGCCCUUCGCCCUUGGAUUUGCUUUGGUGCCGUCAUCACCAUCAUCAUUGAUGGUCUGAAUUUUUGUUCGUUUCUCUACCUCCCUCCCCUCUUUUUCUUUUCCCUAUCUCAUCUCAACCCAGAUCUACCGACCAUUCAACUCCCGCGCGUCAUGAGCAAGAAGCUGUCCAAGGCUCAGGCGAGCGCGGCGCGGGCUGCUUCCAGCGCUUUUGGCUUUGGCGCCUCGUCCUCGACCGCCUUCAGCACCAGCUCUUCACAGCUAUCCUACGUUACGGAACCUCCGGAUCUUUCGUCCAUUUCUGACCCCAAUGUUGUCGUCUAUUUUCGGAAUUUGUCUAAGAAGGACAGCACCACCAAGGCGAAGGCAUUGGAGGACCUACAAGCGCACAUCGCGUCGCUUAAAGAUCCAGUGGAGGAAGGGAUACUAGAGGCAUGGAUCAAAAUGUAUCCUCGUACCUCAAUAGACAAUGCCAAGUCCGUCCGUCAGAGUGCUCAUGUUUUGCAAGGCCAGCUAGCCGUCGCUGCUGGCAAGAGGAUCGCCAAAUAUAUGCCCAAGGCUGUGGGCGCAUGGCUAUGUGGGUUGUAUGAUAGCGAUCGAUCCGUCGUCGAUGCUACUCAAAGUGCUCUGCGGCAGGUCUUCAACACACCGGAGAAAAUCCAGAAUAUUCGCAAGGCCUACCAGCACCCCAUUCUCGAAUACUGCCGCGAUGCCAUAGAUAACGAGUCGCAAGCCACCUUGAGCGACGAGAGGACUGUCAGCCCGGAUGAUGCAGAAACAAAGUAUAGCAGGGUCAUCUCUGCUUGCAUUUCGCUGCUCGGUAGUCUAUUGGCCAAUCUCCAGCCCGAAGAGCUCGCCAAAUACCAAUCCGACUACGAGAGUCUCCUCGCCGACAAAAAGUUGUGGGAAUUCGCAUCACACAAGGACGCAUCCAUAAGACGAUCCAUACAUCGCUUUCUGAAGACAUGCCUGGCCAAACAACCGGGAGCGGUUCAGCAAAAUCUGGAAGCUAUCAGCAAAGCGUACAUCUCUGUUGCCCCCAAUUCGGAUCAAAUGGCGUCCUCGUACGACUACAUCGACACACUGGCAUUGCUUACGACUUCUUAUCCAACGGUUUGGACAGAGCACUACAAGAGUAAAACACCCGCAGAUAGGAGGUUGAGACAGUUCAUGAAAAAGGGUUCGCAGUUAGGUCCACGCGACUUCUGGACACGGAUGACCGAUCUGUUCCAUUCUCUCCCUCAGGAAAUUUUGCCCGCGAAUGCCGCAGAUGCUGCCGAGCUGCUCAAUGCUUUGUAUGGAGGAAUCUCCAGGAAAGACGAGUCACGACUCAACCUUGAUGCAGCGUUCAGAACAUACCUUCAAAUAAUCGGUUUUAUCGCCAAGUCUUUACCGCAAGACGACCAGAGUAAACUUUUGAACGAAAUGGUGCUUCCAAUCAUCGCACAAUAUCUGCGACCCACACCAGAAACAUCACAAUGGAACAUUCCGCAGCACUCUAAAGACAUAAUCGUCGCUGCGCUAUCUCUGGAAGCUAUGCCUGCUAUUCUGGAGGGCGUUUGGCCUCAAUACGCGCAGCAACUGGUCAACGACAUCAAAACGUCUGCACCCGAGCAAUCCAAGGAUUACGAGAAGUCUCACGAUUCCUUAGUCAAGCAAGCUUCACGAUUUGGAUCUCUUCAGGAGCAAGUGCUCAAAUCAUCCGCAGCUGAGACACUUGGUCCCGUGAUCAGCAAUGCUUGCUCUUCCAUAUUGUCCGAAGCUUUGGAUGUGACUAGAAACAGGAACGGUAAACCGUACGGUGCUGCCGCAGUAGUGGCAGAACUUUUGCAUCACAACGGCGAUGUUAUCUUGGCGGAUGUACAGAUGAAACUACAGCUGAACUCAUUCAUCCAGGAAGACUUACCCAGGCUAAUCCUCUCACCUUCAUCCUCACACUUGGUCAAUAUUCUCUACUCGUUGCCAGAUACGCCUUCGUUCAAAUCUGCGUGGACAACGGCACUCAAAACUGUUUUGAAAACUCCUGAUUCGGCAACCCGAAGUAAAGCUCUCGAGGCUAUUCUGACUUCUUCAAGGAUUCCUAAAAACUUCGAAAUGGCUUCUGAGGACCCAGAGUUGCAGCAGUUUAUCAAACUUAACGUUCGAGGCGCUAUAGAAGGCUUGAAGGACUGGGACUCUUUUCAUCGUAUCCUGCAGUCGCCUGCGAAGAUACUUUCAGAGUCCACUAGUGACGAGAUUCUUUCAAAAAUGACAGAAUCCAUGCUCCUGCCCCAAGAAGCGCCCUACGCUCUCCAAGGUCUCCGUCAGAUAGUGAGGCAGAACCCACCCAUGUUGAAAGAGUUCCUGUCUACUCCAAAAGGCUCCGAUCUUCUUCGAACACUUCUCCUGGCGUCUGAGUCCCCAAGCGAAGAAGUCGCUCAAGGUGCUGCUGCUGUCAGUGCAUCGAUUCAGACCCUACUUGCGGCAAGCACCGAUACGAAACAAUCAAUGUACGAGCUCAUUCAGCAAGGUCUUGAAACAGCCUCUACUACUUCGGUAUCUGUAGAGACAUUGGUUGAGCUUGCAAGCCAGCUUGUCAAAUCUAGAGACACUUGGGAUCAAGUAGCAGAAGUCUUUCCAAGCCCGAGCGUGUGGAAAACUGCAUUGGAAGCUCUGCUCGACACUGCCCCCAAGACGUCUCUAGCUAUCGCGAAUCCACUCACAAGUGCUGUCUACUUGGUUGAUCCUUCGAAAACAACAAAAUCAACUACGAUCAUUUCGCGCGAUGCUGAUGGCUAUUCUGCAGCCUAUCGUAUGACUCAAUACGUUUUGAGGCUACUCAAGGAUGAUAAUUUCUUUUCAUUCGACAAAGUGCCCUCGGAUUUGCAAGAAAUUUACCUUUGGAACAUCGCCUUGACCAUUCAAUUUGCCGAUGAUAACAUUGGACUUGCCGGCGCCAAUGGCCUCUGGGCAUCAUAUAAUGCAGAUGUGGAAGCUGACGCCAUCGCAUUUAUGUCAGAUGCUCAACCUUUUGUUAAAAGGCAGCUUAAGACGCUGGCUCAGUCUUGGUCAGCAGACGAGAUGGACAUCUUGACAUGGGCGACCGUGCUUCUGGCCAAGGUAGAGACUGACUUAUCGCCGCGGGCCUACUACUCUGCUCGCGCUUCUAGCGUUUUGGUGGCUGAUGCAAUUGAGAUAUCUGGUUGGAAGAAUGCUCUCACAGCAAAGUUACAGGAAACCCUGAAGGUCGUGCGAAGAAGUAAAGAAACCUUUUCGAUGAUUGCGUUCUUGAAUGCCUUCAAAGAGCCUUUGGCAGCCUCCAAAUCUUGUGAGAGAACGUGCAGCGAGCUUGUAGCUGAUUUGACAGGCUUGGAUGUUGAACACAAGCCCGCCGAAGGUCUUGAACAACUGGUUCUUUUGAAUACCCUGUUUUAUGGACAAGAAGAUAUCGUACUCAGUAUUGCCAAACAGCGACUGAUUUUCUUCGUCAAACAUGUGAUACCUUGGUUAGAAGACUCUAAUAACAGUGUAACAAUCCGCGCUGAAGUGGCACGUGCACUUACUGUCCUACUCCCGAGUAUGAGUGACAUGUAUGGCGAGCAUUGGGGACAAGUUUUGGCAUCUUUGGCCGAAAGUUGGACAGCAGCCCGAGAGUUUGAGAAGAAUGAGCUGGGAAUGGACAAUCCAAUUCCUUUUGUCCAUGCUUCGCUUAAGCUCUACGCACAGUUGCGUACUCUCACUCAGAUCGAAGAUCCGAAUGACGAUCUGCUCGACGUGUGGAAAGAGAACGAACAGGCUGUCGCGACAGGCCUAGUCAAUCUUCUCAAGCAUUCGCAGCAUUUCCCAGACGAGUUUCAUCAGCCACUGAAAAUGGUUAAUGAUGUACUUGCUCGGCAGAUUGCAAAAAUACCACUUGAGCAUCUGGAAUCCACCGAGGACUUGUUCCCCCUCCUUUAUGUGGAGUCGCAACCUGUACAGCAAACUGCUUUCGAUAUCUUGCAUAAGCAAAUCCCGGCCGCGCAGGAGCAGAUCUCAAUCGAUGCUGCACUCGAAAAGACGACAGCACGCCUUCCUGAUGAGUUACUCUCGCUCAUUCUGGAAGCGCCCACGGUUGCAGCAUUGGCUGAAGCCAACUUUGAACGCAGCGUUCCUUUGUCACUGAAAGGUUAUCUACUGAGUUGGAUAUUAGUAUUCGAUCAUCUUGAACAUGCAUCAUUCAAAGUCAAGAACGACUACAUAGAUCACGUCAAAGAGGGCGAGUAUCUAGGCGGUCUGCUAGACUUCGUUUUCGAUUUCCUCGGCCACGCACACAACAAGCCCGUCGACGUCGCAAAGCUGGACAUUACCUCUUACACACCAGACGUAGAGCUCCCCAAGCGCGAUAUUCAGUGGCUGCUAACACACAUCUACUACCUUUGUCUUCUCCACGUUCCCUCCCUCACCAAGUCCUGGUACAUCGAUUGCAAAUCCCGGCCCAUCGUCGUAACCCUCGAGCCCUGGACCGAAAAAUUCAUCUCCCCACCCGUAACCUCCGCCGCGCUCAAAUCCGUCCAAGACUGGGCAGACGCACAAAUCGCCUCGGACCCAGACUCCCCCUUCUCCGUCAAAGUCUCCCCUCGCGCCCAAGAAAUCACCGCAUCCUACACAAUCGACGAACAAACAACAUCGAUCCGCAUCUCCCUCCCCCCAUCCUUCCCCCUCACAAACGCCCGCAUCGAAGGCCUCAACCGCGUCGCUGUCAAUGAGGCGAAAUGGCAGUCUUGGCUUCGCACCUCGCUGGGCGCCAUCACGCUAUUCAACGGCUCGCUCAUCGAUGCGCUGACCACCUUCAAACGCAAUGUCGAGGGUGCUAUGAAGGGCCAGACCGAGUGUGCGAUUUGCUAUUCUGUCGUCGGUAGCGAUAGGAAGUUGCCGGAUAAGAAGUGUGGGACGUGUCGGAAUGCGUUCCAUGGCGGGUGUUUGUUCAAGUGGUUCAAGAGUAGUGGGAGUUCGAGUUGUCCGCUUUGUAGGAAUCCUUUCAAUUAUGGGUAGGUAGUUGCUGUGAUUGUGUGUGCAAUUGGGGGAUUGUUGGGAAAGACAGAUAUCUGGUAGAAUCAGUUGAAUUGGUAUGAGAGUCGUUGUUAUGGUUAGUUCAAAAUACAUUCUUUGCUC